UAAUGUACCCUCACAAUGCUUUCCUUUCCAGAGUCUUUGUGGACUUCCUUUGCUGAUGGCAGAGUCAGACUGAGAAUAGAUAACUCAUGUCCGCAGACUCCUAUAACAGUUCAUCAGAUGUUCAAGGAGAGCCUCGAAAAGUAUGGAUCUCUUAAUGCUUUGGCCAGCAGAAAGAAUGGAAAGUGGGAGAAGAUAACUUUUUCAGAGUAUUAUUGCUUUUCGAGGAAAGCAGCCAAGAGCUUCUUGAAACUUGGUCUUGAGAGAUUCCACAGUGUAGCAAUCCUUGGAUUUAAUUCUCCAGAGUGGUUCAUCUCAGCUGUUGGAGCCGUGUUUGCUGGAGGAAUUGUCACAGGAAUAUAUACAACCAAUUCUCCAGAGGCCUGCCACUACAUUGCUUAUGACAGCAAAACCAACAUCAUGGUUGUGGAAAAUCGGAAACAAUUGGACAAGAUAAUGCAGAUCUGGAAUCGUUUGCCACACUUGAAAGCUGUUGUGCUAUACAAGGAUUCAGUUUUGGAGAGACAUCCAAAUUUGUAUACGUUUUGAUUAACAGAACACCUGUAGGCUUCUCAGGU